AUGGCUGUAUCCGCACAACCUAGUUGGGUUGACUCUACAGCUACCAUCACCAUGGAUAUGGAUAUCGACCUGGGCCCGGAGCCCGACUUCGAGCCCGAAAUUGAGCACGUUCAAACAAUCGUUAGAGUUGGAACUGACCCUCUUGCUGAAGAGGCAACCUUCGAAAAAGUCCACAUCCGUGGUGUGGAUGAGUUGACCACCGACGAUAUCAAGCAAUUUGCGACUAGCCACUUCCAACAAGAAGUCCCUUCUCGAGUUGAAUGGAUUGAUGACACCUCUGCCAACCUAAUUUACUCCUCCGCGGACAUCGGUCUUCAGGCCUUAGCGGCGUUGACGCAGGUCAAUGAAGAAGAUGCCUCCUCUCUCCCACCCCUGCGUCUACGAUCGGCGAAAUCACUAUCCACCCAUCCAGACUACGUCCUCCAAGUGCGAUCCGCCAUUAAGACAGACCGUAAGCAGGCACGCGCAUAUGACAAAAGCCGCUUCUACCUCAUGCACCCCGAGCACGAUCCUCGUGAGCGCCUACGCCAGGAACUUUCCGAUAGACGACGAAGUGGCACUGGCUCAAACGAGGGCGAUUACCGGCGCCGCCGUUUUGAUGAUAAUGAAUUGCGCCGUCGUCGCGAUCGUGAUUAUGAUGAAAACCUUAGCGCCAACAUGUACGAUGAUCCGCCGGAGCGUGGUCAAGGAGAGCGUAAAGAUCGUGGACCGAGGGAAUUGUUCCCAACAGAGGAGACAUCAGCAGGACGCCUACGCAAUCGCAGCGCUUCACCUGGUAGAGACACUCUGGAUGACAAGUACCGCGUCGAUCCAGGCGAUGAUUCUCGCAGACGAUUCCGUGAGCGGUCUCCGGCCCGCCGCCGAAACGAAGGCAAGGAACUUUUUUCGACUAAGCCAGAUGACGGUUCCGUCCGUGAAUUGUUUCCUAACAAGACUACGUCCAGCUAUCUCAAAAAGGAGCUAUUCCCUAGCAAAGUCAGCAACCAUCGUCGCUCCGAUGCAAUUGAUGAUGAUAGGAGAGAUGUUUUGGCACGAAGAAUUACCGCCGCACCUGUUGAGCUAUUUCCCGACAACAAGCCACAGGGAGAUCAAGGUGCGGCCAUGCGAGGUGGAAAUGGAAUAUCUAUCAAAGGCCGAAGCUCAUCCGUUCGCGAGCUAUUCCCUGCUAAGUUCAACAACGCCAAUGCAGGCAAGGAGCUUUUCUCCGACAAACUGGUUGGACGUGGAGGUCGCCGUCGCAAGGCUGAGGAUAUGUUUAGCUAG